GCCUAUGCAAGUUACACGUGGGGUGCCUUGGGCUAGUGUUCACUAUUGAAAUAUCUCAUUUGACUCUAUUUCUAUUGUACGUAAAAGGACAUAGGGUUCCUGAAUACCACAAUACAACUGUCUGGCUAGUUAGCCAGCUAGAGCUGUCACUUUUCGCAAUGGCGGACAACGGAGAAGACAAAGAUGCAGAGUACAGAAUCCGUGAUGGUGAUUAUGUUGUAUUGAAGCGAGGUGAUGUUUACAAAGCUGCACAGAUUCAAAAGAAAAGAAAAAUUGGCUUCGAAAAGCAAUGGUUCUUUCUCGAUAAUGCUGUGGGACAAUUGUACGGGACGAUAUUUGAAGUCGAAACAGGCGGAGCCAUGAAACCACUUGCAGCACCGCAAGUUGUCAGCGCUGCAGACAAAGAUGAAAAGAAGGCAGGAACUGAUAACAGGAAUAUUGUAGAUGAUGGCAAAUCUCAAAAACUCACCAGGGACGACAUUGAGACAUUAAAAGAGCAGGGCUUGAAAGGACAGGAGAUUGUGCAACAACUGAUAGACAACAGCACAACAUUUAAGGAGAAGACAGAGUUUGCCCAAGAGAAAUACAUCAAGAAGAAAAAGAAAAAGUAUGACAACAAUGUGACCGUGCUGAAGCCCUCCACGCGGAUACUGGCUAUGAUGUACCAUGGCAGAGAACCAGGCAAAAUAUGUCACCUGCGCUAUGACACGCUGGCUCAGAUGCUGACCCACGGCAACAUCCACGCCGGUAGUAAGGUGCUGGUGUUUGAAACCUGCGCUGGACUGGUGCUGGGUGCCGUCAUGGAGAGGAUGGGAGGCUUUGGCUCAGUGAUCCAGUUCUACCCUGGUGGAGGUCCCACGCGGGCGGGCAUGGAGAACUUCGGCUUCCCCCCACACUUCCACCAGACGCUGCACGAGUUCCCCCUCUGCAAGGUGAACGCCUUGUUGGCCGGCAGGCUGGAGGCGGAGGAGGGCCCGGAGGCUGCUGGCGAGCCCCAGGAGGAGGCCCCCAGCGGGGCAGAGGGCAAGGAGGAGGCCCCCGAGGAGAACCAGGAGAUGGAGGUCACUGCGGAGGGAGACGAGUCCGCGGAGAAGGAAAGACAGGAGAGGCGUCGGGAGAAGAAGGUUUAUGAGAGGAAAGUGAGGAUGGAAGAGAAGAGGAAGAAGCUGAUGGCCACUGCAGCACUACUGGAGGAAAAGCAGGCAGAUGGGUUGGUGAUAGCGAGCCGGUUCCACCCCUGCCCGGUGCUGCUGGGUCUGCUCAAGUUCCUGGCCCCCUCCAGGCCGUUUGUGGUGUACUGCCAGUACAGAGAGCCUCUGAUUGAGUGCUACACUAAGCUCAGGGAACAGGGCGGAGUCAUCAGCAUGCGAUUGACGGACAGCUGGCUCAGGCAGUACCAGGUGUUGCCCAACCGGACACACCCUGUCCUCCUGAUGAGUGGGGGCGGGGGCUACCUCCUCACCGGGACCACCGUUGCCACGGAUACUGCCAAAGCCAGGACGAAGCAGGCUAAGGAAGAGGAGCCAGCGUCCAAGAGGAUCCGUCUGGAGGAGGUGGAUGGGGCAAGUAGCAACAACUCUGCCUAGCACCGCAAUCUGAUUGGACAGAUAAGUGCAGAAAUGGACGCCAGAUCCGUGCCAAAUCUGUGUCUGAAUCGUCAACUUCUUGUCCAGGUGUCACAGAAGCUGUCACACAAUCACUUGCUUAUUUUUUUAAUACUACAAGGAGUGUUUUUAUUUUUUUGUUUUUGUGUCUUGCCUCCCACAAUGCAUUGCGGCGUGUGGAUUGUGGGUUAUUUAUGUUUUUGAGACAGGAAGUGCCAUAGUAAAACUAAACUAACAGGCAUGUUCGUUCACUCCUGGACACAUUGCCUGCAUGUACAGGACUUUAAAUAAAACAGAAUAUAUAAAAAAAACUACCAAUUGUUUCCCACUUUAUCUUUGAGAGUAUUCUUCAUUUGCC